AAAUUUUAAAUGUUUAUUCAUUUUUGACAGAGACAGAGUGCAAGUGGGGGAGAGAGAGAGAGGGAGACAGAGAAUCCGAAGCAGGCUCCAGGUUCUGAGUGGCCAGCACAGAACCUGACGCGGAACUUGAACUCACGAUCCCCUGAGCUGAAGUCAGAUGCUUAACCCACUGAGCCACCCAGUCUCUCUUUGCCCCUUGGCGAUGGAAGUUUUCAGCCCCUCACGUUAAGAGAAUUUACCCCUGCACUCCUGGGAUUUGAACUGGCUUUUAGGGUGGCAGUGACCAGAGGUCAGUUCUGAGCGGAGUCCUCAAGAGGCCUUGCUUGUAUGCUAAUGGCCACUCUCUUGGAACAUGUCCAGCUGCCACGAACAAACCCAGGCUAAGCCUGUUGAAGGAAAGAGACCACAUUCUUCAAGAGAUGAGCUGUCUCAACUGAGGCCAUCUGAGACUAAUCAGCCCUCAGCCAAGCCUUCAGGGAGCCCAGCUGAGAACAGAAGGAUCCCCCUGCCUGAUUCCAAAGUAGCAAUCUGCAGAGUCCUGAGCUAAAUAUACGUAUGUUGUUUUAGGCCAACAGAUUUUGGAGUCGUUGGUCAUACCCCAGUAGAUAACUGGUACAAGGUGUGGAAGGUGGAGAGGAUGAGAGAAAGUGUGCUAGGCUCAAGUUCCAACUCCCAAAACGCUGCUGAGAGCCAGCAGUGUGUGAGGUCAGGUCAAAGCAAAGUGAAGAUGCCGGGUAGGGGACUGGAUGUCUGAUCACUUUCUUUCAAUAAAUCGGUGGGAAUACCAGCGCUAAAGAGAACAUGUACUGGAGGCCAGACCUGCACUAUUAUGUUGCUACAUGGGGAUCUUCUCUUGAAGCACACCAUCAGGACAUGAUAGGAAUCCCCAUAGUUGAAACACACAAUGAGCAUCGGAACGCUGUCCUUCUAAGCUGGACUUUGAGGGAGUGACAAACUGUUUUCUAGACAACUAUAUCAUGCCAAGGGGGGAGGGAAUUAUUUGUGGCUUAUAAUCUAUCAUUUUUAUACAAAAUAUCUAUAACUUAAGCAGCACACAUUUGAUAAGCUGCUAGAAGCAAUUUGUAGAAUCCUACAGUAAAGGAUAUUACGAAGAGUUCUUUUAAAAUCUUAGAUUCUCACCAUGUGGAUUUAUUGGCCAUUGGAGAACAACUUCAACUCAGCUUUACCAGCACUCACAGAAGCAUCUUUCAUUUCAUUUUAAUCAUGUAACAAAACGGACUAGUUGACGAGGAGCCAUAAACUUUAUACAAAAUGGCCUUAUUGAGCAACUGUUUUAUUCAAACCUGGCUCCUAUCAGCAGGAUCACACAGGUCAUAAGAUCAUGGGGAACCAAGGAUUUCGCCCGACGAAAUGGCAAGGGUAAUCAAGACUCAAGUGUCACUCAAGGAUCCAGGGAAAGAGGCCUCAUACCUGAAAUGCUCACUGUGGGUGUGCUCGGUGGCAGGACAGCGAGCGUGAUAUAAAGUUGCUUUAAUUGCUGCUGGUCUCCGGUGAACAUGUUGCUCCCUUUUGACUCUUAAGUAUAUAGUUCACCCAAAACUUUUCUGACAUGAGGACCCGCAUCUCCCGUGUCCCCCUCUUCCUUGCCCGCCCGCCAUGCUCCCCCCCCCCCCCUUCCCACCGCGGUCGGGCGUCCUGCGCCGGCUAACAGGUCCCCGAUUACUGAAGCGUCACCUCUCGCUCCCCAGUAAAUCUCCGCAGCCCACUCGAACUGCAGCCUCUUUGCCGCCCGGCCUCUCAUUGCAGCAAUCGGGGCGCCCGCGAGGGAGGAGGCGCGCAGGGCAGGCGAGACCGCGGAGGACAAACUCGCGGGCCAGGCUCCGGAAUCAGCAUGGGGAAGGGAAGUGCGGGCCGAGUUCGCACCACAGGUAAACAGGCUGGCAAGGCGCAGGGCGCUGCCGCCGCCGCGGCCACCCAGCGAUUUCCAGGCACGCAACUCCGCCUCCAGGGCUCUCUGCCUCGCGCUCUCGCCCAGCCGCUCGCUCGCAGCCUCAGCAGCCGCCGCAGCAUCACUUCACACAAAGGACUGUUACCCGCUGAGCAGCUCCUCCACCUCCACGUCCUCCUCCUGUGACAGCAGCCCCGACAGCAGGGCUCGGGCGCGGCGGCGGCGCCGGGAGGACCUGUCACUCCCAGCAACCGAGGCGGUGGCAGCAGCUUUUUUUUCUUUCCUUUUCUAUUUUGCUUUUUUUUUUUUUUUUUUUGCCCUUAUACCUCUCGCCUUUCUGUGGUUCCACCCACCUCUCCCUCCCUCCUCCUCUUCCUCCUCCUCCCAUAAACAACUCUCCUACACCACCCCCCCCCCAAUAAAUAAAUAAAAGGAGGAGGGUAGGGGGGGAGGAGGAGUGGUGUGGGGGGGGGCAGGAGGAGAGGAAAAGGGAGGCAGCGCGAGAGAGCGAGGCAGAGUCCGAACCGACAGCCAGGAGCCCGCACGCACCUCACACCAUGAGAUGGCGACGCUCCCCGCGCCGCUCCGGGAGUGCCGGCCCCCGGGCCCCGCGCCCCGGCUCUGCCGCCCGCUCGCCGCCGCCGCUGCUGCCGCUGCUGCUGCUGUGGACCGCGGCCCUGGGGCCGGGGGCGGCCGGCGGCGACGAGGCGGCUCCCGCGGGGGCCUCGGUGUGCUACUCGUCUCCGCCCAGCGUGGGCUCGGUGCAGGAGCUGGCUCAGCGCGCCGCGGUGGUGAUCGAGGGAAAGGUGCACCCGCCGCGGCGGCAGCAGGGGGCACUCGACAGGAAGGCGGCGGCGGGCGAGGCAGGGGCGUGGGGAGGCGAGCGCCAGCCGCCAGCCGCCGGCCCGGGAGCGCUGGGGCCGCCCGCCCCGGACCCGCUGCCCACCGCCAACGGGACCGUGCCCUCCUGGCCCAGCGCCCCGGCGCCCGGCGCGGGCGAGCCCGGAGACGAGGAGGCGCCCUAUCUGGUGAAGGUGCACCAGGUGUGGGCGGUGAAAGCCGGGGGCUUGAAGAAGGACUCGUUGCUCACCGUGCGCCUGGGGGCCUGGGGCCACCCCGCUUUCCCCUCCUGCGGGAGGCUCAAGGAGGACAGCAGGUACAUCUUCUUCAUGGAGCCCGAUGCCAACAGCAGCAGCCGCGCGCCGGCCGCCUUCCGAGCCUCUUUCCCCCCUCUCGAGACGGGCCGGAACCUCAAGAAGGAGGUCAGCCGGGUGCUGUGCAAGCGGUGCGGUAAGUUCCUCGCCCCUCGGGGCGCGCUCCGGCCGGGCGGGGAGGUCGCGGGCCCGACGGCUGCCCAGCACACGCGGGCUCGGGAGUUGAGUUUCGGGAUUGCGGACUCCUAAGUGAUUCUCAGAGAAGGUUUCGCGGAUUGGAUUCCACAGGCAGCGCCUUCUCCAGUUACCUGGAUUCUAGGCUUUGCCAUUGGUGAGAGUCCAAGUUUGGUCCUCGGUGGGGGCCGCCUGAAACUUUUUAAUCCCUUGGGGUUUCCUUCCCGGGUAGCGUGGAAAUGGGCCGGCUGCUUUCUUGCGAGUGCGUCGUUGAACUUGGUUAGGAGGUGCUGGUGAGGUAUGGGCCGCCGUGUGGGGGCUUUUCCUUUGAAGGAGGAAGGGUGAGUCCGACAGGAUUUUCACGCCUUUCCUUCAUUUGGAGUCUUGAGUGUGCAGAUGGUCAGGGGUUUGUGUCUGUGGGAGCCCUCGCAAGGAAAGGACACAGCGCCGACAUGUCUCUAGAAAUGGGGCAGAGUUUUUGGCCAACUCCAUGUCCAACAGAUAGGUGCAGUCUGUACCUCGGGAAUAGGUGUUUGUGAGAAAUAUAAAGUUGUGUGUGUGUGUGGGGGGGUAUUUUUGGUGACGUCCUCUCAAGAAUUUUCGUUUUUACAAUAUUUUGGUUUGCAGUGUGUUUUGGCACCUCAGUGAAUCAGAACAGAUGAGCGUAGUUAAGGAGCUUCACGUGUAGGCCCUGAAGAAGAAUUUGGGAAGCCAAGUUUAGCAAUCGAUUUCCCAGACCUUUUUCCCCCAUUUUCCCGUUGGAAAGUAUUGUUUUCCGGUCUCCUUCAUAUGAUCAGGUCUGAGAAAUUAACCGAUAAUCUGAUUACAUUUCUGAGGUAGUGUUGCAUUUAUGCCAUUCACAAAAUAAUUUCUAGGUUGGAAAUAUCUGUAUAAUUUUCUGAUUACCAUACAAUCACUAAAGCGUAGCAGGGUAUCUUCUCAAACCAUAAAUUAACAUGAUUACACAUCGCAGAUUCUAACAUGCACAGUAGCUUUUUCCCUGUGUCUUUAUGUAUCUGCCUAAUAGAUGGUUGGGUUAAUUGAAUUUUUACAAAAGUCAGCACCAUGCCAGGCUCAGUCUGCCUGCGAUGCAAACUAAGUCAGUUCUCUUAAAUUUGUAUCUGAUGAUAGCCAAUUACUUAAAUUUCUGGUUGGCAUUUGUGGUGCUUAUAUCUUGCAGUUAAUUAAUACCUAACAAUUUGGUUUUAAUGACAGGAAAGAGCCUUGCUCAUCCACCAUUUCCCUAUUUUAACAAUGCACUUUGUGUGCCAGACCUGCUAAGAUUGCACCACUCUGUGGACAGAAGCUGUUCUCAGACAGUGGUGCUGAAGAAAGCUGAGUGACGUUGGGAUUCCCCGGGUCUGGCUGAUAGAUGUCACUGUAAAACAUGGGAAACGCUCUGCUGGGAGCUGUCUUAUUAGGGAACACAAAAGCUCAACACCAUUGUACUGCAGUAUAUGUUACUCUGCUCUAGAAUCUGAAACAAAACCUUUUAAGCCACACCAUUGUCCAAUUUUCACGUGCUUUAUUCUAUGUAAUUCAGAAAGGAUUUUGCAUUUACCCCAAAUCACGAGUUGUGAAUCAUUUACUCUACAUGGUGGAAAUUGAUAUAAAAGGGAUCGUAGUUGGCAGUGAUGCCUAGGAUUGGGGGUGUGUUACUGGAUUAGCAAUGGUGUUUUGUGUUUUGACUAGAAAUAAACGUCAGACUUCAGGGAUAAAGUUCUUCCAAGCAUCCCGAGGAUGUUUAGAAAUGGAAUAUUCAUGUUGUCUGGAGAAAUACCGUUCUGUUUUUGUGCUUCUAAGGGGGAAGACCUUCGGGAAGGUAGUUUUCCUCUUUUGUUUGUCAAAGGAAUUACAUAGGAAAUUGUGUCAUGCGAAGCAAAGCAGGUUUUUAAAAUGAACUGGAAAUCUCCCUGUGUAUAAUGGAGUAGAUUAAGAAAUCAUGAAGUUACAGCUCCAGGUUUGUGUAAUUAUUGUGUGUGGUGAUUUUAGUGUCAGGUACUUCGAGGUUGUGGCUGUUGCAUGAAACCUUAACUAACAGGUUUAGCUAAAGCCUGACGGGAAUUAUGCUAAAAGUUUCUCUUGUGUUUUUAUCAACGUGGUAGUUAUUGUACUAUUGUGAGAUAAAAGUAAAUACUAUGAGCUAUUUUAUUUUAGAGAAUGUAAACUGGGGAAAUCCAUACUGGAAUAUUGGGUUUAAAAGUGUGUGAGUGUGUGAAAACUUGGGAGUUCACCCCGUUGGGUGGUUUCUGUUAACAGUGUCAUUCAGAACUUACCAGGCAAAGGAACACCAGCUGGAAAAAAAAAAAAAAAGACACUUACAGAGAGAAGAGGGGCUGAUUUGUCCUGGUUGAGCUGGUUCUGUGUGCUUCUGGUGAGAAGAUUUCAGGGAGAGUGAUGGAGCAGGGGUUCUUAUCUAACCACAUGAAGCUGCCCUGGGGGCGUGACGGUUGUGUUGCUGCCUGAGCCAUGAUGCCAGGCUGGAGAGGGAAUAUGGCAAAGUCAUUUUGUGAUAUCAUAUCCCGGGGAACAGUUUCCAGCUCAUGUGCUCAGCUGCAGUGUUGUUUCCUACAAGUUGCUUACUAGUGUAGAAACCACACAUGCAACAGAUUAGCUUUAGGGUUGAGCUGAUAGAAGUCUCCCCUGAAUUUUUUUUUCUUUUUUCUUUUUUACCCAUCUGAGAUAAACUCCU